CAAGCCAACAAGUUUGGAGAGAAUGUUGAGUUCAAUCAAUUCAGAACGUCGAGAUGGAGCCCAACUCACUCCAGUGGGUCGGCUCACCGUGUGGCUUACACGGACCUUACAUUUUCUACAAGGCUUUUCAAUUCCACCUCGAAGGCAAACCAAGAAUUUUGUCCCUUGGCGACUUUUUCUUUGUAAGAUGUACGCCAAAGGAUCCGAUUUGCAUAGCGGAGCUCCAGCUGUUGUGGGAAGAGAGGACCAGCCGGCAACUUUUAUCCAGCUCGAAACUUUAUUUCCUCCCAGAAGACACUCCCCAGGGCAGAAAUAGCGACCAUGGCGAGGAUGAAGUCAUUGCUGUUUCUGAAAAGGUGAUUGUGAAGCUUGAAGACCUGGUCAAAUGGGUACAUUCUGAUUUCUCUAAGUGGAGAUGUGGCCUCCAAGCUGGGCCAGUGAAAACUGAGGCCCUGGGAAGGAAUGGCCAGAAGGAAGCUCUGCUAAAGUACAGACAGUCAACCCUAAACAGUGGACUCAACUUCAAAGACGUUCUCAAGGAAAAGGCUGACCUUGGGGAGGAUGAGGAAGAAACGAACGUGAUAGUUCUCAGCUACCCUCAGUACUGCCGGUACCGCUCGAUGCUGAAACGCAUCCAGGAUAAGCCGUCUUCCAUUCUAACGGACCAGUUCGCCCUAGCCCUGGGGGGCAUAGCAGGCAGCAGGAACCCUCAGAUCCUGUACUGUCGGGACACCUUUGACCACCCGACUCUCAUAGAAAAUGAGAGUAUAUGCGAUGAGUUUGCGCCAAAUCUUAAAGGCAGACCACGCAAAAAGAAACCAUGCCCACAAAGAAGAGAUUCAUUCAGUGGUGGUGUUAAGGAUUCCAACAAUAAUUCCGAUGGCAAAGCCGUUGCCAAGGUGAAAUGUGAGGCCAGGUCAGCUUUGACCAAGCCGAAGAAUAACCAUAAUAACUGUAAAAAAGUUUCAAAUGAAGAAAAACCAAAGCUCGCCAUUGGUGAAGAGUGCAGGGCGGACGAGCAGGCCUUUUUGGUGGCUCUUUAUAAAUACAUGAAAGAAAGGAAAACACCCAUAGAACGGAUACCCUACUUAGGUUUCAAGCAGAUUAACCUUUGGACUAUGUUUCAAGCUGCUCAAAAACUGGGAGGAUAUGAAACAAUAACAGCCCGCCGUCAGUGGAAACAUAUUUAUGAUGAAUUAGGCGGUAAUCCUGGGAGCACCAGCGCCGCCACUUGUACCCGCAGACAUUAUGAGAGAUUAAUCCUACCAUAUGAAAGGUUUAUUAAAGGAGAGGAAGAUAAGCCCCUGCCUCCAAUCAAACCUCGGAAACAGGAGAACAAUUCACAGGAUAAUGAGAAUAAAACAAAAGUAUCAGGAACCAAACGCAUCAAACAUGAAAUGCCUAAGAGCAAGAAAGAAAAAGAGAAUGCCCCGAAACCCCAGGAUGCAUCAGAGGUUUCAUCAGAGCAAGAGAAGGAACAAGAGACUUUAAAUCAGAAAAACAUUCAGGAGCCUCUCCCAGCAGCAGACACAAAGAAAAAAACGGAAGGGUACCAGGAUUUUGCAGCAAGGCCCCUGACAUCCAGAGUGGACCCAGAAAACGACAGUGAAGCAGACCAAGGCUCCAACAGUGAGAAGACAGAAGAGGAGGUUGGGGAGAAGGGGGCUGCGCCUCUGCCCCCCAGUGCACCUCUGGCCCCUGAAAGAGAACCAGCCCUGAUCCCUGGGGCUGGCAAACAGCCACUCACCUCCCCCAAUGCCCUGGUGGACUCCAAACAAGAAUCCAAGCCCUGCUGUUUCACGGAGAACCCUGAAAAUGACCUCCAAGAAGCACCCUUUCCCACCUUCCCCAGCACCCAGCCACCACUGGCAACCCCAAGCGAGGGGGAGGACGACAAGCUGCCCCCCACGGCGGAUUACAUUGCCAACUGCACUGUGAAGGUAGACCAGCUGGGCAGCGAUGACAUCCACAAUGCCCUGAAGCAGACCCCGAAGGUCCUUGUGGUCCAGUCCUUUGACAUGUUCAAAGACAAAGACCUGACUGGGCCAAUGAAUGAGAACCAUGGACUUAAUUACACGCCCCUGCUCUAUUCCAGGGGCAACCCUGGCAUCAUGUCCCCACUGGCCAAGAAAAAGCUCUUGUCCCAAGUGAGUGGGGCCAGCCUCUCCAGCAGCUACCCCUAUGGUUCCCCACCCCCUCUGAUCAGCAAAAAGAAACUGAUAGCCCGGGAUGACUUGUGUUCUGGUUUGUCCCAGGCCCACCAUGGCCAAAGUACUGACCAUCUGGCGGUCAGCCGGCCAUCGGUGAUUCAGCAUGUCCAGAGUUUCAAAAGCAAGCCCUCGGAGGAGAGGAAGAGUAUCAACGACCUUUUUAAGCAUGAGAAACUGGGUCGGUCGGAUCCUCACCGCUGCAGCCUCUCCAAGCAUCACCUUCACCCACUCUCUGACUCCUACGUGCUGAAGCAGGACAUCCAGGAGGGCAAGGAGAAACUGCUGGAGAAGAGGGCACUCCCUCACUCCCACAUGCCUAGCUUCCUGGCAGACUUCUACUCGUCCCCGCAUCUCCAUAGCCUCUACAGACACACCGAGCACCACCUUCACAGCGAACAGACAUCCAAGUACCCCUCCCGGGACCUGUACAGGGAGUCAGAAAACAGUUCUUUCCCUUCCCACAAACACCAAGACAAGCUCCAUGUAAAUUAUCUCACAUCUCUGCAUCUGCAAGACAAAAAGUCGGCUGCAGCAGAAGCCUCUACGGACGACCAGCCCACGGAUCUGAGCCUUCCCAAGAACCCGCACAAACCGACCGGCAAGGUCUUGGGCCUGGCCCACUCGGCCCCCGGGCCUCAGGAGAGCAAAGGCAUCUCCCAGUUCCAGGUCAUCAGCGGUCAGGGUCGAGACUGUCACCCCAAAGCCUGCCGGGUAUCACCCAUGACCAUGACGGCCCCUAAAAAGUACCCUGAAUCACUUUCCAGGUCAGGAAAACCUCACCACGUGAGACUGGAGAAUUUCAGGAAGAUGGAAGGCAUGGUUCAUCCUAUCCUGCACCGGAAAAUGAGCCCUCAGAACAUUGGUGCGGCACGUCCGAUCAAGCGCAGCCUGGAGGAUCUGGACCUUGUGAUUGCUGGGAAAAAGGCCCGGGCCGUGUCUCCCCUGGACCCAUCCAAGGAGGUCUCUGGGAAGGAGAAGGCCUCUGACCAGGAGAGCGAAGGCAGCAAGGCAGCUCACGGCGGCCAUUCCGGGGGCGGAUCGGAGGGCCACAAGCUCCCUCUCUCCUCCCCCAUCUUCCCAGGUUUGUAUUCGGGGAGCCUGUGUAACUCGAGUCUCAACUCCAGGCUUCCAGCUGGGUAUUCUCAUUCUCUGCAGUACUUGAAAAACCAGACUGUGCUUUCACCGCUCAUGCAGCCCCUGGCUUUCCACUCGCUUGUGAUGCAAAGAGGAAUUUUUACGUCACCGACAAAUUCUCAGCAGCUGUACAGACACUUGGCUGCAGCCACACCUGUAGGAAAUUCGUAUGGGGACCUUUUGCACAACAGCAUCUACCCUUUAGCUGCUAUAAACCCUCAAGCUGCCUUUCCAUCUUCCCAACUGUCAUCCGUACACCCGAGUACAAAACUGUAAGGCCAGUUCUGUCCAGCAUCCCACCAUGGCGUGGCCAACAGAGCUUCGCUCCUUCUCCUGGGGAUGUGGCUUGUAGUUAGAAGUCAGUAUAUCUUCUAAUCUGGGGUACAAUCAGUCCCGGCCAUAGGGGCCGAGAGAGGAGGUGACCGACUGAUUUUUCCAGGACAGUUCUAGCUUUGGGUGGUCAGUCGACCCUCCUCCAGCAGAUGGCCUGACACCUCCAGAUCAUUCACUUGGCGUGUGGGUCUCGUGAAGGGAUUUAUGUAUAUCCAGGAAAAACUUAGAAGAUCCCACCUGAGUUUGGAUGGUCAGGAAACAAUCUGGGCAAAAGAGGGAGCAGGCAUUUUCAAGACAGGGUCAAGGGAGACUGGCAAACCUAUGCCAAGGCAUGGCCCUCUUCAUAAAACAAACUCUCCAAGGUUCAAUCAAUGCAAUGUAUAGUGAAACUUCAGUAGAUCUUUCAUUUUGACACUAUUAUACAAUCCAGAGAAGUAAACACUGUUAAAUUGACUGUAUAUAUUUGCUUCUUCAAACUACCCGUAUCACUGUUUGCUCACCUAAUUUAUAUACAGGUAGUUCCAUUUUCUCCCAGUUCCUUUUGUUUCCUUGUUUCUUUCUUUUUUUUUUUAAUUAAAUAAUAUCACUUUUAUUUGCAGAUCUUUUGUUUAUGUUUUGUUUUUGUUUUGUUCUGUUUUGUUUCAAAGGCUGACUGUCCUAGCUGUUGAUAUGUAUUUGUACUUUUUUCCACAUCUUAUCAUUUUGAGCAGCUUUGGGUGGUCAAGUUAUUGUUUACAAAUUGAAGCAACUGAUUCUAGUGGAACAAAAGAAAAAGAAACAGUCGAGCACACAACAGUGCAGAGAACGUUCCUUUGCUGAUCUGCAACUUAAGGAUUUUGUUCCUCAUAAAUGGCAGAGUUGAAAGAGCUUACGCACUGCUUACCCGGCCAAGUGCUUUGCUUUGAAGUAUUGGGUUCUGUGAAAAUAUUGAGCAUUGUACUUACCUUAUCUAGGCUGUGAAACUGUCCUACAUACCAGAGGAAUCAUAAAAACAAAAAACCUCACUGGCAGCAAGUGGCUGAAUAACAACAGAGUCUAGAGGACAUAUUUGUGGGUUGAACAGAUAUUUUAGGAAUUUCAGAAAUUAGAACAGGAGCCAAAAUGAUUUACAUGGGUGUUGGCACAGAUCCUUUGAAAUGGUCUGGGGAAGGGGGUUGGGAGGAGGAUGGCGCGCGACUACCUAGAGGAGAAGAAACAGCCUUAGGCCUGACCACCAGAUGGUUUCUCUAGGCCUCAGUCUUCUGAGUGAGAGGUAGUCACAUAGCCUUCGUCAAACUGGUUUCUUGUCAUUCCCGAGAAGAAUCUCCCAAGCCACAUCUUUUAGCUAAUUGUCAUACUGGAUUACCCAUUUCCAAAAAAAAAAAAAAAAA